AUGACUUCCGAAGAGCGCGUCGAGCCUGCACAUUCGUCUUCGCGUGAUCCUCAGCCUACCUCCAGAGGUCGCGAUCAAGGUCCGACGGCUCUGCGGGACAGAGACGACAGCCUCUCCUCCGGCGACUGGGUCAGCCCCUUUACCCUACCACCGUUGCCGGCUCUCCGACGCGGACGCGACCAUAUAGACCUGCUGAGGUCGCCCGACCAGAGUCGUCAAAGAGGCGGAAGUGGUACAUACUACGCUGCUGCUUGGGGGUCUCCCUACGCGUCUCCCAGUCCAGACUCUGCAGCACGUGUUCGCGCCAGGCGCAGUAGUAUCGAUUCAGAACUUCAGUCGCCUCCGAGAUUCGGCGACCAACCGCAUGCUCGUGGCUCUUCACUUGCGCGACAUUCACUCAGUCACUUGAUUUCCUCCCCAGAACCUCGCCCUCGGCCAACGAGACUCAAGUCUGAGCACGCCAACUGGCUAAGCGACUCGGACGACAGCGACCGCGACACGACUCAGCUUGAACAUCGCACUCCCAGACGGAACGAAGAUCUAGCAGCGUUGGAGCUUUCAGCUGGACACGAUCGUUCUUCUCCUGGCAGCCAUCUGACUCACGAACCACAAGCAUCUACUGACACUGUGACGCCCGAAACAUUCAGCGUGAGUCGACCUCGCCAAACGUCAAGAGCUGUCGCACAAUCGAGAAUGGCGGAGCUAGAAGAGCCGACGUCAGGUCACAAGCCAGAUGUCGAGGUCGUCAAACCCCUGCCGAGUCUGCCCGAGAAUGAAGUGCCGGAGAACGCAGUAGUCACGCCAACGGAAGGGCCAGUAUCUCCCUCUCGGCCUCGCAUGCAUCAAUCGCUCAGCUCUUUCCACAAGCAACGGCGGAAAGUCGUAUGGAAGGGCAAGAACUGCAUCAUAUCGCUGCCGAUCACAGACCGAGAGUCAGCAGGUCUACCGCCGGUUCUCUCGCCCACUGCGGUCCGCGAAAAGCUUGCAGAUCUGCUGUCACAGGGCUACAGCACGAAGGGUUUCGAAUUGACAGAUGUCGAUGGCGUAACUGCCACUUUCACCAAUGGUCAAAGCGCCGCGCCGUUUCCUGACCCUGCAGAAAUCUCAGCAGAACGCCAGAUGCGAUCGUUCAAAGUUUACAUUCCAGAUCAAUCGGAAUGGCAGAAAUGGGUAGACUACUUACAAGAGGAGAAACUACGAGCAUUGGGUGUAACGCUAAGUGAUUCUGAGCCACCUCAGUCCGGACCAUCACCACUAUCGGCCUCGCUCAGUCGUGCGUCUUCAAGAUUCCCAGGCGCGGUCUCACCUCCCGUGGGCACGUCAUCGGCAGCCAGCAACACUGGCAGAGUGGCUAGUAAUCCGUUCUCCCCACCUUUCAGCAUCUCGUCAGGAAGAGGCUCAACAUUGGGAUCUGGCGCGUCAUCUCAAGCCAAUGGCUUUCCUGGCUCGAUGCAUGCACACAAAGGCUCGCUUGCCUUUCAUCCAGGACAGAACCGCGUUGUGUCUCCGAACGAGUUCGUUCCGGGACAGACAAGUCCAUUCCUUCCUGGUCUGAAUGCCCACUUACGGCGCCCGACGAGCUUCUCUCCAAUCAACGCGCAUGGCAUACAGAGCCUCGAUCAGGUUUUAUCACCUGUGGGUGGGCCUUCAGACGGCCGUCCGCAACCAAUUCAGUCACAGGAAUCUUACUUUCCUGCCGCGCCGGCAGCUGAAUCACCUCAUGGUCUGACGUCUAAUCUGAGCCCUCCAGCAGUAUCUCAUGCUUCGGGCAGUGCACCACGAACGCCAGUCUUUGCUCAUACACCAAGGCCAGCGCCUGAGAUUCAGCACCCGACACCCCGAAGUCAUCGUCACAAUCUUAGUGCUGCUCUGCAGAGGGAGAUCGACGAAGCAGAGGCUGCUUUAGCAAAGCAAGACCAAGAAGGCGAAGCGGGCAGAGACUCGCUGGCGGAAGCAAAGGAAGAAGCGAAGGGCGCCAAACACGAAGAGGACCACGAGGAUCUGCCAUACUCAAGCGACCUGAGACAAUGGGAGGAGCCGAUGAUCACUCUCGCCCGCGACGCCAACCCCUUCAACAACUGGCAAGCACUCAGUGAUGCUGCUCGUGGAGACAAGGCCCACGCGGAGAACGACCACACAUCAAAACCAUCACAGCCCAAAUUCAAUGUGGAAGCCAAACCGUUCGACCCUUCUGCGGGCUUUAAUAGCUCGAACUUCGAUUUCGGUGGUACAAAUGCUUUCAAGCCUUUCACAGCGUCAUUCAAAACGCCCACAUCCACUUUUAAGCCUGGAGCUGCCCGUACAGUGAAGCCGUCUGUUUCAGCACUCAAUGUCGAAGCCCCCGCUUUUGUACCUGGAGGGGCUUCCAAGGCGGCAGAUCCGCUUACGAAGGCGACCGGCAUGCAGCAAUCACCGUUUGCAUUCUCAUCGGCCACCUUUGAUGUCGAGUCACCGAUUUCGAACCAUACAAAGUCGCCGCUAUCUUCGGUCGCUAAGCCAUCUCCAUUGGCUUUCUCGUCUGCUUCAUUCAAUGUUGAUGCUCCCGUCUUCAACCCGAGCAGCGGUCUAGCCAAGGGUCUUGCAACUGGAUCGACGUCGACAGUCGAGAAACCCAUUGAGACCAGUAUAUUUGGCAAGGUCAAUAUCGCGCCUGGGACGCAAGCAGUCCGACGCGCCAAGGCUUUGCCGAUUGUUCGGCCUCGAUCGAAAGACGGUCCACAAGGCUCCAUUUCCUCGGUCUCCGGCGAAAGUGCUUCAGCGGGCGGAGCGGAGAGUGAAAGUGAUGCCUCUGACGGAAGAGCACCAAUUCCAACAGAUCGAGCCAAGAGAGCACGCACAUUCGGUAGCGACGGUGACCGCAGUCCUGUCUUUGCGGACUCUGCGCCUUUCACGGGCAACUCUCGUAUCCUCUCGGAGAUCAUCAGCGAGAGGCAACCUUCCCCUGAGAAGCCGAAGGAAAAGCCUGUCGAUGGCUACUCAUACAUUCCGGCUGAAUCGAGGAGCGGAUCUGCAGCCAGCUCGCCUGCUUCAUCGCACCGAAGAGUUAUCCUUGGCAGAGCUUCGCCGUUCCAGUUCAAAGAUGAGCGCGAUGCCAUCAACUUCAGCGAAGCCCAGCCACGGUCCGAGCUCUUCCAAGGCUCAGAUGUCGAAGCUGGGCCCUCGAACAUGGACCUGUCUUCACCUGCUCGUGAUACAUCUCCAGCUCCGCAGCAUAAGUCGAGGUCAUCUUUGUCGGCACUUGCACAACCAUUCGUCUACAAGUCGCCGAAACCGGCGGAUACUCCAGGAUCAUCUAUAACACCUGAGAAAGCUGUCGAGUCACCUGUGUCAGGUUCGAAACCAUCCAAAGGCAAGGGCCUAAUGGCUUCCCGCUUCGCCAAAUCGCCGUCACCGGAACUACCAAGCUCACCACCUCCCGCGAGCAAUGAUUUCGCACCGUCGCCGGCAAUGCCAGAUCAGCCGCUUCCGUCCUCAGUGAAUGAGAGCAUCUCCAGAGACAUCAAGUUGUCCCAAAAUGUGGAUGACACAGCUACAUCUGAGAUCGACGAGCGUUCUAGAGACUAUUCUGCAAAGCAUUCGGCCACAGACUCGCAGCCAAUACAAUCAGAACGCAAUGUGUCGGAUAGCAGCCCUGUUGUUGCACUCCAACACGAUCGGCUAGCGUCGCUAGCUAGCUCGAGAUAUGCACCACAGAACACUCACGAUCUAUCAAUUUCGAGCUCCAGAUACGGGCCUCAGUAUGACAGUGCGUCAUUGGCAAGCCCGGCCUACGUUCCUGGUCGGAAGGAGUUGCCAAAAGUCGAGUUUUCGGACGAUGAAGACGAUCUUAUGCCAUCUUUUGAGGAGAUCGAUGCCGUGAUGAAGCAGUUUGAAAGCAAUCCAGAACUCGGUAUUGAGCGAAACGACUCUCCUGUGGAAUCAACACCGCUGGUCGACAUGCGACUGGGCAACAACUUCCGCAGCGAUGCACCUAGCCCAAGUCCUCGCAGAAUCGAACGUCCGAUUGAGCCGACUCAAGCUGCUAACGCUGCUUCAUUCGGCCUUGGUCUGGGCAUUCACAAGCUCAACAGUGGCAAAGAGGAAGUCAGUGACUGGAACGAUGUGCUUUCAUCCGUUGAAGAGGAUAAGCUGCAGUCUCGUGCACAAUACUUUGACGGCCAUGUCAAUGACCUGGUUGAUGGUAUCCUAGAGAACCGCUUGGGACCGGUGGAAAGGACUCUGCAGACCAUUCAGCAUUCACUCUCGCUUCUUGCCACUCGGCCUACGAGUAAGCGUAAGAGCACGUCGAGCGAUAUUAAAGAGUCAGAUGCUGAUGAUGAGGACGACUACAACGCCUACGAAGGCUUCUCGACGUAUCGGUCGCGGUCACCUGACACGAAGCGAAAUCGCCAGGCUAGCAGGGUACGUGCUGCUGUCGCGGAGGGACUUGCACAAUUUCGGGAAAGCAUGCUUCAGCCUGUCGCUCCGACAAUUGAUCUCUCCAGCAUUCGCGAAGAGCUCGCAGAAAUGAGAGAGCUUACUCAGGAACGAGCUGACAAUGAUCAUGCACAACUUCAGGAAGAGCUCGCCGAACUACGGACCAUGCUCGCAAAGUCCGCCAACAACGUCCAGCAGAAAGAUCUCAAGCGUACGCUUGAGGAUGUUAUCGGCUCGCAUCCUCGUUUGAGAGGUUCUCGCACGGAACAAGACCACGGUUCGAAGAGAGAAAAUUUCAAACUACAACUCGAUGGUCUCGAGGCUAUGCUGAAGGUCGAGCAAGAGCGCGCCGAGCACGAAGCGAGACUGCGGAAGCAGCAAGAGGAUGAGCUCCACGAGGUCAGGCAGAAACUUCAGAAAGCUGAAGAUGAGGUCAUCGUUCAUCGCGAGUCGAGCGAGAUGGCUGAACAGAACUUGCAGGCCUUCGUUCAAGAGAAAGAAGCCUACAAGGCCUCGGAGCGCGAAGUGGAGCGACUGAACCUGAUGAUUGAUGAACAGGAAGAGAACCUCAACGAAUAUCGCCGUUACAAGCAAGAGCGUGAAGCCGAUAUCGAGAGAUUGCGCAAUGAAAGCAACGAUCUUUCUGACAGCUUGCACGAUGCACGAACCAAAGUCAAAGAUCUCUCGUAUGAUCUAGAGGAUGAGAGGAGCAGAGUCCGCGAUCUGACCGCUGAUCUCGAUGAAGAAUCCGCCAAAUCCAAGGAGCUCACCCGGACUCUCUGGAAUCUGAAAGACCAGCUUGAGGAAAGAAAUAGGACGUCACAAGCACUUCAUUCCAAAACAGAGCAGCUUCGCAACGAGAUUGCUUCUACCGUCCGAGACUUGGCGACCGAGCAAGCUGCCUGGCGCCAGCGCGAGCAUGAGUUGCUCACCAAGAUUACCAUGAUUGAGGGCGCACUCGAUUCUGCGUCGCGGUCACAGCAGAAAGCCGAGGUCGACCAUGACUACGUUUCAAAGCAGCUGAAGGAUGCGCUUGCUUACAAGGAUCGGUUCGAACAUCUUCAACAAGAUAUGUUCAAAUUCCAGGAAGACCUGUCCGCCACUCGAGCUGCAAGCACUCAGCACGAAGACCGUGCAUAUCGUAUCGAACGAGAAUUGCAUCAUGUCAAGGAGUCUAAAGAGGCUGACAUUGCAACUGCUACUGCACGACUCCAAGCUGAAGCCGACGGCGCUCGAUCUCAGCUCGAGGGCCACAAGUCUGACUCUGAAGCACGGAUCAGUCGUCUCCAGGCUCGUCUCGAUACCGCGGAGAUCGACCUCGAAGACCACAAAGCUAAGUAUGAUGCUGCGCUCGCCGAUGCUGAAGAAGUUCGGAAGCUUGCACUCCAGGAGCAAGCUGAGAAGCACCAGGCUGCACUCGAAGAGCAAAGUGCAGGUCACGACAGGCAUCUUGGUGACCUCAGAGAACGCCAUACGCGGGCUAUGCACAACUCAUCGGAUGACAGACACCGCAUGGAGCAUCACUACAAUGAGAAACUGGCCCUCAGCGAAGACAAGAUCCAACAUCUCGAAGGCAAGAUUACUGAUCUCGAAGAGCGCUUGUCAAUCUCCAAGUCGGCAGCUCAAGCAGCUGUCAGCGCCGCAAUGGCAAGAGGUGCGAAUCUGCCAACGCCGGCUAAUUCCGUCGUCGCAUCGCCUCCUCAGCGCGCGACGAGCGCCUCGCUGUCCUUGAUGAAGGGCACUGAUCUGCCUGAGAAGAUCUCUGUGCAAAGCCUGCGUGAGACGAUCAUCACCUUGCAGGAACAGCUACACGAAAGUGACCAGGAGAAGGAACGCCUGCAGGCCGAGCUAGGCAAGGUCGACAAAGAGGCACCCGACAAGAUCAAGGCAUACGAGACUGAGGCAUUGUGGCUUCGAGAACUACUUGGCGUGCGCAUCGAUGAGAUGGAAGAGAUCGUUCAAUCUCUCAGCAAGCCAGAGUUCGAUCGUGAAGCCGUUCGAGAUGCUGCGAUCCGUUUGAAGACGCAUAUUCAGAUGGAGCAGCAGAUUCGAGAGCGUGCAGCUCGCAAUGCAGGUCCUGGUGCGGCGGCGAGCUUGCCGUCGCUUUCUGACAUCAUGGGAUAUGCUCAGUCUCCUAGAAGCGUUCUACCAAUGGUUGGACAAGCAGCAUGGGGCAAUCUGCGAAAGGCCCGAGAUGUCUCAAUCAACGCGUUCGGACAACUAGCUGGCGACUACACUGCAACGCCAUCAAAGGCUGGCCGUGCAGUCAGUCCGGCGGCAAGCUAUUCAUCUGGGCCCAUGACGCCACCGAACACUGUCCAAACUUCACGGCGACUAUCUUCCAACAGUGAUCGCCCACCGCCAGCGAUGCGACCUCUUGCGGCUGCUGCAGCAGCCCGUCGAAUGGGCACGCCUUCUGCGAAGCCUUCAGGUACCGCUAUCGAAGCACGUCCUCUGCGCGCAUUUAGUUCGCAGCCGCGUGCUUUGCGCGUCAAGCCGGAGUCUCUCGAAGGGAAAGAUCCUUUGGCUGAUCUCAGUGAGAACACGAGCCCGCAGACACCCACUCUGAGCAAAGGGAGAGAGGAUCUUGAUCUCGGUGCAGACGUUGACGACGACGCAAGUCCGCUUGAUGCCAAAGGCGAUCUAUUACCACCGUUUGACGACAUUGCUCCAAAGCCGAUGGAGACUUGA